AACGUUUUCAUUUUCUGGUUGUGUUAGUCUGAGAGAGACCGGGAGGGACAUCGCUCUCUCUCUCUCUUUAUCAGAAUUCCGAGCUUGAAGGUUCAAAACAACAAACUACACUGCAUUUUGAUGCGAAGUUGCAACCAAUGAUGAGAAGCUCCACCGUACGAUAUUCCUCAAUCUGAGCGUCCGCGGUAUAUGUAUUUCAGAGAGAAAAUACCGGAAUUUCCUUCCUUUUCCCUCCGCACGGUGAUCUUUCGAUCUUCGCAGGUUUUGAGCUAUAUUAUUUCAUCUUGUCCUUUCCAGAUGAAAUAGAUACGAAAAGGAUCGAAAUAAAGAUGAAAAUACAAAGGGAAAUUAGCUAAAAAAUAGGAGGAUACUUCGUUUGAUUCUUAUCGGAGGCACGUAUAGAGAUGAUUUGACAGACUAUUUUUUGUGCCGUCGUCCGCCGGAUUGUUUUGGGGCCCUUCUGUGUCUGUAACUGUAUCGGUUAGUCAACUAUCGUCAAGUGUCAACCUCGAAGCUCAAAGCCUCAAACCUAACACCACUGCAAGCCCGCCACCACAUCUUUCACGAGAUUGAUAUUGAACAAGUGGUGGAAGCCAUGAAGCAAGAGAUUUCAACAACAGCAGCUGAAAGCAAGUCGAGCUUCUCACAUUCCACAACCCCUUCUCGACUCAGAGCAUCUUCUAAAGCUAAGGACUCUGUAAAACCAGAUGUUCCUAACGGGGUCUCACCAGGUCUUAAAGCACGCCCAAAGACAGUUCCACCAGACCCGAACAACAGUCAAAAAGUUCGGAGAUCUCUUGGCCUCAACAAAUUGAAAUCUAGUGAGGAUGUUGUUGGAUCUCAAAAGGGUAGGGAAGGAGAGGAUGUCAAAAUUGUGGGUCGGACCGGAAAGCGGACGGUGGUCGAGCAGUUCGCUCGGCCGCGCAGGCGUGUCGAGCCCAGCUCUAAGAGGAUUGAAGAUGACAUAGAUGGGACAAGGAAGGAAUUGCAGGAGAAACUCCAUGCGAGUGAGAAUUCGGUUAAGGAAAUGCAGUCUGAGAUAUCUACAUUGAAAUCCCAGCUAGAGAAGUUGCAGAGCUUGAAUGUGGAACUGGAAUUACAGAACAGACAGUUUGCGAACGACCUUGCUGCUGCCGAAGCAAAGAUCUCAGCUCUUGAAAGUCGUCAACAGGAACCAGUUAAUGAAGAGUUUCAGAACCAUGGUUUUGAAAAGGCUCAAAAACUCGUAGCAAAUAAAUUGGAACACUUGAGAGUUCGGGAAACUAUAAAGGAAGGGAACACUUUUAAGACAUCAUCUGUAGCACCACAACGAGCGCCAGUGAGUUCCAAACCUCCUCCUCCACCGCCUCCCCCACCCAGGGUCCAAGCCAGAGCAGUUAGCAUGCAAAAAGCUCCAACACUUGUGCAAUUCUAUCACUCAUUGACAAAGCAUGAGGGAAAAAAGGAUCCUCUCCGACCUGGAAAUCUCAAUAAUCCCAGUGUCUCUAAUGCCCACAGCAGCAUAGUUGAUGAAAUUCAAAAUCGUUCAGCUCAUUCAUUAGCUAUAAAAGCGGAUGUGGAAACAAAGGGGGAGUUCAUCAAAUUUCUUAUCCAGAAAGUUCACGAUGCAAUAUAUACAGAUAUUGAGGACGUCCUAGAAUUUGUGGAUUGGCUUGACAACAAACUCUCUUCCCUGGCUGACGAGAGAGCUGUGCUAAAGCAUUUCAAUUGGCCUGAGAAGAAAGCUGAUGCCUUGCGUGAAGCUGCAGUUGAGUAUCGUGAUCUUAAACGGUUAGAAAGUGAAGUUUCUUCCUAUAAAGAUGACAAUACCAUACCAUGUGAAGUCAGCUUGAAGAAGAUGGCUAGUCUACUAGAUAAAUCUGAGCGGAACAUACAGAGGUUGGUUAAGUUGCGGGAAGCAGCUAUUCCUUUCUAUAGGGAUUGGAAAGUUCCUACGGAUUGGAUGCUUGAUUCAGGAAUGGUCAAGAAGAUAAAGCAGGGUUCUAUAAAACUGGCCAAAAUGUACAUGAAGAGGGUGUCAUUGGAGCUUGAAUCAGUUCAAAAUUCAGAAAGGGAAUCCAUGCAGGAAGCUUUGCUGCUUCAGGGUGUGCGUUUUGCUUAUAGGGCCCACCAGUUUGCUGGAGGACUUGAUUCAGAAACAAUGUGCGCUUUUGAAGAGAUAAAACAACGCAUGCCAGUGCACAUCGGAGGACAUCGACAACUGCUUGCAGGCAUAGCAUCAUCUUAGGGUAGCUGAGGGCUUUAUUCCGCCAGUGAAAAUGCAAAGAGGGACGUUGGCGGGACUGUCACUGUUUAGUGCCUUGUUAGUUAAUUAUAGGUAGACAGUUUGAAACUUUGGAGGAUGUAGAAUCGGACACACUAACUAAUUGAAAGCAUAAUCCUCUGCUGUUCAUAUCA